AUGCACGAUGAUGAGACGAUACACUCGAUGAUGGAUGACGAUAACAGCUCAAAUGAAACAUCAGCCGAAAAGCAACGGAUCAACGCAACGAUACCGACCAAAGGAGACCAGCGGUAUUCCGCAGCAUGCUCUGGAACGCUGACUGCCGAACCUUGCCGCAGCUUCGCCGCUACUACGACGCAGCAUGACGUGCCCUGGAUAGCUGAGAUUUCAAUCAAUCUUGCUGUGCCUUUCCAGCGUCACGGUGUGUCCAAUAGGAGCAAGAUGCCCAACACCCUCUUCAGCGCUAUUGCCGCCGCUAUUCGUGCCGCCGCGUUACAUUAA